AUGAUCUCUAUUCACUUUCUACUCGGAUCCUUCGGGACCGCAUUGGCCUGCUCUUUUACUCCCCAUGUCCACCUCGGGGUUCAGAGGAGUGCGGGUGUGAAUACGACAUUUACAAUUCCCUUGUUAGACGACCAAUGCUUACCCCUUCGCAAGCGAAUGCUAAGUGGUGGAGAAACUGGCCAACAUGUUCCAUCCGCUGGCGUCAGGGCUUGGUUCGCCUCGAAGAUCUUCUUCGAUUCCACAGGAUCCCCACUCACUGGUGCUGAUCUUGUCUUCGCUCUGAACGCCAUCUACCCUGGAGGCCUUUUCGCUGCACCGUUCACUCCACCAGCAGGAUUAGGUUACCUUGACGCCCAAGCCGUCUUUGAUAGCGUCGUCUGUGAAAUGAUUGCCCCCGGAGGAGCUACAUUUUCGCUUGGUGGGCCCUUUCCGGAUGAGGUCGUGUUUGCUGGUGGGAGGCCAAUCUGGGUCGAGUCCUAUGGCUGCUAUAUUGCUCCAAUAGCGACAGAAUUUUGA